CACAGCGGCGGGGACGCGGUGAGCGUGUGCUUCGGUGCUUCUUCUGCGAAGGAGGGGUUUCAGUUGCCUGAGCCAGCUCGUCUGGGUGGUCCAGGGUCUGGAGUCAGCAGCAGGUGCAGAGGGACCAGAAAGGUAACUCCGGGAGGAGCUCCGCAGACUGAGGAGGAGCCAGGGCAGCCCCUGAGAAGCUGGGACACCUCCAGUUGAUAAGAGGCAGAGCCCAGUAGGAAUUCCCUCCGCUUGCUUGCUGGUAGGAAGCUUGGGGAGCACCCUCAUGGAAGAGAAGCAGAUCCUGUGCGUGGGGCUGGUGGUGCUGGACAUCAUCAAUGUGGUGGACAAGUACCCCGAGGAGGACACGGAUCGCAGGUGCCUAUCCCAGAGAUGGCAACGUGGAGGCAACGCGUCCAACUCCUGUACUGUCCUUUCCUUGCUCGGAGCCCGCUGCGCCUUCAUGGGCUCCUUGGCCCCUGGCCAUGUUGCCGAUUUUGUCCUGGAUGACCUCCGCCGACAUUCUGUGGACCUACAAUACGCGGUCCUUCAGACCGAGGGCUCCAUCCCCACCUCGACGGUCAUCGUCAAUGAGGCCAGCGGUAGCCGCACCAUCCUGCACGCCUACAGCUUCCUGGUGGCUGACUUCAAGCAGAGGGGCGUGGAUGUGUCUCAAGUGGCCUGGCAGAGCCAGGGAGAUACCCCUUGCUCCUGCUGCAUCGUCAACAACUCCAAUGGCUCCCGUACCAUUAUACUCUACGACACGAACCUGCCAGAUGUGUCUGCCAAGGACUUUGAGAAGGUUGAUCUGACCCGGUUCAAGUGGAUCCACAUUGAGGGCCGGAAUGCAUCAGAGCAGGUGAAGAUGCUGCAGCGGAUAGAGCAGUACAACGCCAAGCAGCCUCUACCCCAGAGAGUUCGGGUGUCGGUGGAGAUCGAGAAACCCCGGGAAGAGCUCUUCCAGCUGUUUGGCUAUGGUGAGGUGGUGUUUGUCAGCAAAGAUGUGGCCAAGCACCUGGGGUUCCAGUCAGCAGCAGAGGCCUUGAGAGGCUUGUAUGGUCGUGUGAAGAAAGGGGCUACACUCAUCUGCGCCUGGGCUGAGGAGGGCGCUGAUGCCCUGGGCCCUGAUGGUCAACUUCUGCACUCGGAUGCCUUCCCUCCACCCCGAGUAGUGGACACCCUGGGGGCUGGAGACACCUUCAAUGCCUCCGUUAUCUUCAGCCUUUCGAAGGGAAACAGUGUGCAGGAGGCCCUGAGAUUUGGCUGCCAAGUGGCUGGCAGGAAGUGCGGCCUGCAGGGCUUUGAGGGCAUUGUGUGAGAGGUGGGCAGUAAGAGGCACCAGCUCAACCUCUCAGAGGCUGGCACCAUUUCAGCCAGCCUGGCAUCCAGCUGCCCCGUUCCCUGGGCAGGUGGCAUCUGCGGAGAGAACUCUGUCUGUGUUCAUGUUUCUGGAUACCAACUCCAUUCUGUAGAUGCUCGGAGCAAAUAAAUCUUCCCCAAGCCA